GUGGCCUUCUCUCGCUCCUCGAAAAUUUUCAGCCAUUUGCAUUUACACACCACUGCAAAUCAUCUUCUGCAGUCUUGGAUCGAAUUCUGUCUCUCAGUAACUCGCCGAUUCGAAUCAACGAUUCCAGGUAAGGCCUACUGCAAUCUACACCUCAAGUUUCUUCCGCCGUGUUUCCUUCUGAAGUCGAUCUCCUAUUCAUAACUGGAUUGUGAUCAGAUCCAACUUCUGAGCUAAUUACAGCACUGUAAUAUACUUUCAUCUCCUUUAGAUUUGUCAAGUGUGGAUCGCCAUGCCCUUUUUUAUGCGUUCAUGAGACUGUAGAAUAUUACGAUAUGCAGGGCCGGCCAAGAGGGUGUGCCGGCCCGCCCUCCGGCACAGGGCCUCCGAAUAUUAGGGGCCUCCACUUAGAUUCGUUAGUUACCGAUCGAAUAUUGCAGGUUGUUUUUUAGUGUAUGAUUGAUAGAUUAUGAACAUGAUGAAUAAAUAAUUUUAGCUAUAAUAACAAUUGAAAAAGAUCUCAUGGAGAAUACGAAAAUCAGAGAAAUAAUAGAUAAUUUUAAUUUAAACAAUAAAGAAAGAUAUUACAUUUUGAAUAAUGGUAUUAUAAUCAUUUUAGUUUUAUUAUAGUUAAAAGUCAAUUUGGAUCAUAUCUCAAUUUUAGAAUAGGGCCUACACGAUCCAUUAGAUAUACCUGCACCCACCUCUCGAUCAAUUUAUAUUAUUUUCAUUUCUCCAUUCAAUUUUUGCUUUAUAUCUAUUUUCUGUUCCCUCCAGAUUUACUUUUCUCCCUCCCUGCUAGGAGUGAGAAUUUGAUCUUGGUUUCUUGCUCAAACAGGAAGUGAGAUUGUUUAUUCAUUUUGAAAUCAUUUUCUGAACUUCUGUACUUUAUAAUUAUUUAAUAAAUUUAUUGAGAAAAAAUUAGGGGCCACAUGUUAAAUUUUCGAACAGGGCCUUCAAUUAUCAUGGGACGGCUCUGACGAUAUGUGUUUCAGGCGUCUGAUCGUUUGAGGUGUAACACAUAAUUAGCUUAUCGGAGUGAUGCUGCUUCUUCUUCUGAUUUAUUGCUACGAUGAGGAAUGAGGAAUCCGGUUAGGGUUUUUUUAGAUAGAUGGUUUAUGUUAAGUGUUUGCGGCUGAUUUGGUGAUUUAUGGAAGGAUUAUGUUUGCUGCUUGCUUUAGGAAGGUAUGUCGUCUUCUGAUCAGCCGGAGAAGGUUGAUAGAGGGAACAAGGAGGAGAAAGAUGACAAGGAAGAAGGUGGUGGAUUCUUGGGCAAGGUGAAGGGUUUCAUACAGGAUAUCGGGGAGAAGAUCGACGAUGCAAUUGGGUUCGGGAAGCCAACUGCUGAUGUGACUGAGAUACACUUCCCCUGCAUCAACCUCGACAAGGCGGAUAUAGUCGUCGAUGUGCUUAUCAAGAACCCUAACCCUGUCCCGAUCCCGCUGAUCGAUAUCAACUACUUGAUUGAGAGCGAUGGGAGGAAGUUGUUAUCUGGGCUGAUCCCCGAUGCUGGUACCAUUCAUGCUCAUGGCGAGGAGACUGUAAAAAUACCGCUCACUUUGAUCUAUGAUGACAUCAAGAGCACGUAUAAUGAUAUCGAGCCUGGAAGCAUUAUCCCGUACAGAAUCAAGGCUGACCUGAUUGUCGAUGUGCCUGUGUUGGGCAGGCUGACUCUGCCACUGGAGAAAACGGGAGAGAUCCCAGUGCCAUACAAGCCUGAUGUCGAUUUGGAUAGGAUAAAAUUCGAGAGCUUUUCGUUUGAGGAGACUGUUGCUUUGCUCCAUGUGAAGAUAGAGAACUUGAAUGACUUUGACUUGGGUCUUAAUUCGCUGGACUGCGAGAUUUGGUUGUCUGAUGUCAGCAUUGGAUGCGCUGAGCUGGGAAAGUCAGCUACCAUUGCUAAGAAGGGAAUAAGUUAUGUCGAUAUUCCUAUCACCUUCAGGCCCAAGGACUUUGGCUCUGCGCUGUGGGACAUGAUCCGGGGGAAAGGUACUGGAUAUACGUUGAAAGGGAAUGUCCAUGUGGACACUCCUUUUGGGGCAAUGAAGCUGCCAAUAAGUAAAGAAGGAGGCACGACUAAGCUGAAGAAGAAGAAAGAAGAUGGUGGUGAUGAUGAUGAUGAAGACGACGAGGAGUAAGGAACGGCGCUGCUUGCUACUGUGCCUGGGUGGGGAGUUGCUGUGUGGGUUUAGGGUGUGAAACAUAAUAAUAUAUGCAUAGUGAAUGCCAUAUUUGCAAUGAGAGGGAUGAACCAUGAGUUGAGUGGGAUGGUAAUAUUAUCGAAGAGGGAUGUGUGUUUCUAUUGCUAGUGACAUUACCACUCUUACUACCUGUACUAUUGUUUGAACCUUUGUAUUACUGGCAAGUAGCUAUGUCAUUGUAAAACUUGGCGUAUAAAAUUUCGUAUCUUUUGCACCAUUUCGAUUUUGUGGUGGUUCCUUUCCUGGGAUCACUUGUUGGGCACAUUUCAGAGCAUUAAGCACGAGACGAAGAUUAUCUGCUUCUUUUUCUGGCUCCCUGGUGUAAACACAAUUUCCUCUCUCUAACUGUUGCUAUUUUUCCUAUCUUUCUAAAGAGGUCGCUCAGCUAUCCCUUAAAAACGAAGAAACAGAGCGAAGGGUCAGAGGGAUCUGUAAGAGCUAAGAAGUAAAGCCCACUCCUUUCCUUCUUUUUCAACAUAAACACAUACUUCCUUCUCCUUCUUCUUCCUCUUCCUCUUCCUCUCUCUCCCCUGCUUUCCCUUCUUCUCCUUCUUCUCAAACAAGGAACCCUAUGGGCUGCCCCCUUUAACGUAAAAGAAUGAAUCUCUCUCUCUCUCUCUCUCUCUCUCAUGAGAUGAGAUGAGCUCGCUCCUCAUCAGUCCCUUAAAAACAGAGCAAAUUCACCAAAUCAUCAGCCUAUUGGCUUCUGCAAGGGAGCCUCAGAUUUUCGAGCUUAAACACUUCAAAGGUCCUAUCUCAUGUGAACUUCAAGGAUUGAUCGAAACAAAGCAGUAAUCAUCCGAAUCGGUACAGCCCAAUGCACGAGAACCAGAAACCCGAGACAUCCUGCAGCCUCGCCUCCACUCCCCAAGUUCGCAAUCUGAUGCUGGAAUUCCGGCCACCAAACCCAAUCCGGAAUCCAAAUCGCAAUUAGAUGCAGGAAUUUUGUCUCAAUUCGUGAAUGCACUAUGUUUUCUGUUGGUUUACUGUGUCUCUGUGCGAUCGUGCCUGGAUUUCCUUUCGUUUUCUCAUUCGUUCUGGCUACUCAAGGUGCCAAUUCAGCACAGGGUCAAUAUAUCGCAAAAAAGUCA